AUGUUUACCGGUCUCGUUGAAACAAUCGGCACUGUCGCUGCGCUCGAGGAGCUCGAUAAGACGGCGUCCGGAGGCGGCGGCACGUCAUUGACUAUUUCCGACUGCGAGGAUAUUCUGGGCGAUUGUCAUUUGGGCGACAGCAUCAGCGUCAAUGGAACAUGUCUAACCGUCACCGAGUUUGACAAGAAGUCGUUCAAGAUUGGAUGCGCGCCCGAGACACUCCGCCGUACGAACCUGGGCUCGCUGAAGCAGGGCUCGAAAGUCAAUCUUGAGCGCGCUGUCUCUGCAGACACACGCAUGGGCGGUCACUUUGUACAGGGCCAUGUUGACACAAUCGCAACGAUCCAGUCUGUCACACCAGAUGGUAACGCCCUUACCUUCCGCUUCAAGCCGCGAGACCCCGCUGUGCUGCGCUACAUCGUUGAGAAGGGCUACGUGACAAUAGACGGAGCGAGCUUGACAGUCACAAAGGUGGAGGAUGGACCCGAAGGUUUUUGGGAGGUGAUGCUCAUCGCAUACACUCAGGAGAAGGUGGUCACAGCGAGCAAGAAGACUGGCGAGGAUGUCAAUGUUGAGGUUGACCAGGUUGGCAAGUACGUGGAGAAGAGCGUAGCUGGAUACUUUGAGGAUGGCUCCAAGGGUGAGUUUGCUAUCUUGGAGAAGAUGGUCUCAAAGCUUGUGGACGAGAGGCUGAAGGCUCUGGGAAAAUAA